AUGAUCUUGCGACCUCGCGGCGAGGAUGACCACCCAGCGGCUUGGGUCGCGGGCUCGAACAUCAAGAAUUGGGUUGCCGAACAACCGCCCGUCGCCAUCUUUGUCCUCACGCUCGUCGCCUCCAUCCUCGCCCUCUACGUUCUCCUCUCGACAAUCUGGCGCUGCAUCCGCGCUUGCCGCUCAAAGAACCCAUCAGCUCACCCUGGUGGUUCGAGGUGGCAGCGUCUCGAAGAAGGCGCCGAGGCUCGCGAUGCACCUCCUCCCGGUUUCUGGGCGCCCAUGAGUGCCAUCACAGGCAGCCGCUACCCCGCCCCUGGCACGACCGGCUACCGUCCUACUCGUACGGGUGGUACGACAGAGAUGAAAGCUGAAGCGCACACUAUGAGCGGUGUCUUCGCCCCGUACGACCCCCCGACGGUUCAACAGCAGCGCGAGUACUCGCCCGCGCCCCAGUACCCUGCUAGUGUUAGCGAUGCGACGUUCAGCGGAUCCAGUAUGGCCCCGAACGAGGACGCCAAGGUUCAUGACAUUGCGAAGAACUUGCCUGCUCACAGCCCGUCGAUCCAUCACUCGAGGUCGUCCAUGACGAAGGAGGCGGACCUCUUCCUCCCGCAAACUUAUGCUCCGCCUCAGACGCCAUUGCUCGGCGCUUCCAGCGUCACACAAACGUCGUUAUCUGCGCCGGAAGGUACACCCUUGCCCUUUCCCGGCGCUCCCGCUUCAAUCGUCGCCUCUCCUUCCGUCGCAGCCACCGUCGUCGGCGAAAGCACCUUCUCUACACCCAAGGACAGUCCUUCCCUUCCCACGACGACGACGUUCACAGCUCCGCCAUCUCGUCCCGCCUUCCCAACCCACCGCCGCGGCACCUCCUCCUCCAGCACCGGUUCCUUCUCCGCCAAACCGCUCGCCCUCUCUUCCUCUGCCAGCAUCUCCAGCGUCUCCGCUGAGGCGCCCAAGGUCGAUCUCAAGAGGACUUGGUCGAUUGGGACGGCGGCUUGGAUGCCGAGUUUGAGGAAGGCGGAAAGUAGGGCUAGUGGAGCGGGAGAGGAGGGAGAGGAGCAGGAGAAGGCUGGGUUGAUUGGUGCGAGUUCGUGA